AUGCCCUUCUACUGCAGCCCUGACAAUAGGAAUAUUGUGAUCUGUAAACUUGCUCAUUUGUCCUUCAAGGAUAUUUCCAAAUACUUCUCUGAGGAAGAAUGGGCAAAGCUGACCAAAUGGCAAAAAAGUGCUUACGUGUUUAUGAAAAGAAACUACAUCAGAAUGACAGGCCUAGGUGUCACAGUCAACCAACCAGUUUUCAUGCGAGGAAAGGAACAGAUCACAGAAUCACUAAUGAAGGAAUCUGAUGAAGAACUUGGCCAUGAAAAUGAAGGUGGAAAUCCUAAGUGGACAUUUGGCAUGGCACAUACAAAAGUCCUGAAGAUCCAGAAGGAGGCAACAUGGAAAGGAAAUUGCAGAAAGAGAGUGCCAGGUUCACAUGGCUUGGGAAAGGCUCAGAGAUGCCUGCAUACUCAAGCAAGUGUAUUUCAGAGAUACAGAGAGAUGGCAACAGGACUCAAGUGGAAUCAUGAGAGUGCUAGAAAAAAAGAUUUCAGGAAAGAAAGCAUAUCCUAAUUUUCGAUAUGAGCAGUGAUGAUGAAGAAUAUUACUAACCUAGAAAAGCUGGUGAGAAGAAUUGGAUGAUCAUUCAGAAUCAUGGAAACAACUCUGGUAUCCUAAAUAUCAAAUGAAUGAAAAAUUUCCCACAGUGAA